AUGCUGCGAACAAAGUCUGCUCGCGUUUUGCGCUGGCGUCAACCACGUCAGCAUUUUUCUUCCACCGCCACUGCUGCACCAGCAUUUUCCGAAUCCAGAAGAACGGGGCAAACUUUGCCAUCGUCGAAAGCCAAAACGGAUGUUGCAAAACGAGGUCAAAGUACUGCUGCAGCGACCGCCCCCCAAACCAGGCCUAUUCCAAGUCCCGCCUUCAACCAGGAGACGAGGAGAAACGAUGUACAACCGCUACAAAAUACGCAGCGCCAAGAGAUGGAUGAGUCCUUCAUUGGACUCAGUGGCGGUGCGAUAUUUCACGAGAUGAUGUUACGACAAGGGGUAAAGCAUGUCUUUGGAUAUCCAGGAGGAGCGAUUCUGCCUGUGUUUGACGCCAUCUACAACUCCAAAAACUUCGAAUUCAUCCUACCCCGUCACGAGCAAGGAGCAGGUCAUAUGGCAGAAGGCUAUGCUCGAGCUUCAGGGAAACCUGGGGUUGUGCUAGUCACAUCUGGUCCGGGAGCAACCAAUGUGAUUACUCCCUUACAGGACGCUUUGUCAGACGGUACGCCUUUGGUCGUUUUCUGCGGUCAGGUUCCCACAACUGCUAUCGGGUCAGAUGCUUUUCAAGAGGCGGAUGUUGUGGGUAUAUCGAGGGCAUGCACCAAAUGGAACGUCAUGGUCAAAACGGUCGCCGAGCUUCCAAAGAGAAUCAACGAAGCAUUUGAGAUAGCUACCAGUGGACGACCAGGACCUGUGCUGGUAGACUUACCGAAGGAUGUUCAGGCUGCUAUUUUGCGGAAGCCUAUUCCUAUGGCCAGUACACUGCCGUCGCAUCCUAGUGCCGCUAGCUUGGUCGCAAGGGAUUUGAGUCAGAAGCAGCUCCAGGGGGUCAUUCAGCGUGUUGCAAGGUUAAUCAAUAUUGCUAAGAAGCCCGUCAUAUAUGCCGGUCAAGGCAUGAUUGCCCUGCCAGAAGGACCGAAAUUACUCAAAGAGUUGGCAGACAAAGCUUGCAUACCAGUCACUACUACAGUACAAGGCCUCGGAGGUUUCGACGAGCUGGAUGAAAAGUCGCUACACAUGCUCGGCAUGCACGGAUCACCUUAUGCCAAUAUGGCUAUACAAGAUGCGGAUCUUGUAAUCGCUCUGGGGGCCAGGUUUGAUGACCGCGUAACAGGUAAUAUCGCUAAAUUCGCCCCUCAAGCCAAAGCUGCUGCUGCUGAAAAGCGCGGUGGAAUUGUUCAUUUUGAGAUCAUGCCUAAAAACAUCAACAAGGUCGUCCAAGCGACCGAAGCUGUAGAAGGUGAUGUCGCCGCGAACCUGGCCCUUCUUCUUCCAUUCGUCAAGGAAAAGGCUUCCCGUCCUGAAUGGUUCAGUCAGAUCAAUGACUGGAAGAAGCGCCUACCUUUCGCUUAUGAAAAGGAGACUCCAGACGGCCUUAUUAAACCACAAAGCGUUAUUGAGAAACUCAGCAACCUCACUCAUGACAUGAAAGAACGGACUAUAAUUACAACCGGCGUGGGACAGCACCAAAUGUGGACUGCCCAGCAUUUUCGAUGGCGCCAUCCCAGAACCAUGAUCACCUCUGGCGGCCUCGGAACAAUGGGAUUUGGCCUGCCUGCUGCCAUCGGUGCAAAAGUAGCUCGUCCGGAUGCUCUUGUCAUAGAUAUCGAUGGGGACGCAUCCUUCGGCAUGACUCUUACGGAACUCAGCACGGCCGCUCAAUUCCAAAUUGGCGUCAAGAUCAUCAUCCUUAACAACGAAGAGCAAGGCAUGGUCACCCAAUGGCAGUCUAUCUUUUACGAGGAUCGGUUCGCGCAUACUCACCAGAAGAAUCCAGACUUUGUCAAAUUGGGCGAGGCGAUGGGCGUGCAAGCGCAGCGUUGCAUUGCACCAAACGAUGUUGAGGCGAAGCUCAAGUGGUUGAUCGAGAGUGAUGGCCCUGCUUUGCUGGAAAUUGUGACGGAUAAGAAGGUGCCGGUUCUACCCAUGGUGGAAGCUGGCUGCGCUCUUCAUGAAAUGCGAGUAUAUGACGAAGCGAAAGAGAAGACCAGGAGAGCCAAGCUGAAAGUCAAGAUGGAGGCAGCUGGUCGGGCGAACCGAUGA